CCCAUUUCUCCCCGAGUCACCGUUUCGUCUGCUGCUUUCCGUUGCUCCUCCAGGAUGGUCGUCCAGUUCAAAGUGUUCAAGAAGGCAGCUCCCAAUGGAAAGCUGACCAUCUACCUCGGACGCCGUGACUUCGUGGAUCACGUGUCUGCCGUCGACCCCGUUGAUGGCGUGUUGGUGGUGGAUCCCUCGUACCUCCAGGGACGGAAGGUCUUCGGACAGCUGGUGUGCAGCUUCAGGUAUGGUCGCGAGGAUGACGAGGUCAUGGGAUUGAACUUCCAGAAGGACCUGUUCCUUGCCUCCGAGCAGAUUUAUCCUCCCAAGGACGUCGAGCCUACCAAGCUGCAGGAGCGACUCAUAAAGAAGCUCGGGGGUAACGCAUAUCCUUUCACCUUCAAGAUGCCCGAACAGGCCCCGCCCUCCGUCACCAUCCAGCCCGGCCGCGAGGACGAGGGAAAGCCCUGCGGCGUCGAGUACUACAUCAAGGUGUACGUUGGAGAGAACGAAGAUGACCGAAGCCACAAGAGGUCCACAAUUCAGCUGAAUAUCCGAAGGAUUCAGUUCGCGCCCAGCAAGACCGGCCGCCAGCCCUGCACCAUCGUCCGGAAGGACUUCAUGCUGAGUCCCGGGGAGCUCGAACUGGAGGUGACGCUCGACAAGCAGCUCUAUUACCAUGGAGAGAAAAUCGCUAUCAACGUCACCAUUAAGAACAACAGUAAUAAAACUGUCAAGAAAAUCAAGGCCGCUGUCCAGCAGUCUGUGGAUAUCUGUCUGUUCUCGGGCGGCCAGUUCAAGAGCACCGUGGCCAGCGUAGAGACGCAGGAGGGCUGCCCCGUGUCUCCUGGCUCCGCCCUGCAGAAGUGCAUGUAUCUCACCCCAGUUCUCAGCAGCAACAUGGACCGCCGAGGCAUCGCCCUGGACGGACACCUGAAGAACAUCCACACCAACCUGGCGUCCAGCACUUUGAUGGCAAACCCUGAGAACCGAGACAUGUUCGGAAUGGUGAUCUCCUACACCGCAAAGGUGAAGCUGUACCUCGGUGCCAUGGGCGGGGAGGUCACCGCCGAGCUGCCCUUCGUCCUCAUGCACCCCAAGCCUGACCUCCGCCGCAUGAUGCGCGCCGACAGCCAGGCGCAGGUGGAGUCCUUCCGCUCCGAGAGCAUCGCCGCCUCCGUCGAUAUGGACUAAGUCUGUUCCCCGAACUCGAUGACGUAAUCAACCGGACUUCGAACCUCGAAUGAAAGAAUCUGAGAUUCGCUGACAACAUCAAUUUUUCUUUCUUUUCAAGAUUCGUCUACAAGUAUCGUUCAGAUCACCAAACAUUAUUUUCCUUUUACAGAAAUACCUUUUUUUACAAAGUAAAUCGCUUGAUCACCAAAGUCAUCGACUGAAAAUAAGAACGUAUUUUCGGAAAUAUUCUAUAUUUUUAUGUGUGUGUAUAUAUCUUCAUUUAAGCCAUCAGGACUACUGUGAUGCUUUGAAAGAGAGAAUGUGGAAGUGGAAUCCACAUCUCUCAGGAAAAGGACCAUUGAUAUAAAGUGAGUACGGAAAGGACCAUUGAUAUGAAAGAUCAUGUGUUAAUGAAAAAGAGAAAACAUUACUUCAGAAAGAGCUGAGUGCGCAGCAGCGUCCAUUGUUACAGAAUAAUCGACGAGAUCGACUUUGAGCUAUAAAAAAAAUACAUAUAUAUAUAUAUGUUAUGUCAGCUGCUGUAUUUAUGUAAUUUAAUUCUCUCUGAUUAUCUUUUGUUAUUUGUUAUAUGUUUCCUCAUCAGUAUCAUUGUCAUCAAUCUAAUAAAGAUAACCGACGCAAUGAUGAUUCCAGGGAUGAUGGCUCGUUGAUCGUAUUCCAUCUUUGCAAAAACAAAAUUUUAUCUGAAGUUCUAAAUAGAGUCAUAUUAAUCUUUUUCAGUUGAGACUACUUUCAAACAGAUUGUUUUUAUCUUUUUUCUCAUUUUCUAGACCAAAUAAAUCCAACAAAUAAAGAUUGACCCUUAU